AUGCUUCGAAAAGACGAAAAAGGGAAAAAAGGGGCAGAAGAAUCUAAAAAGAAUUUAAUUGAACGUUGUAGAGUAUCUUGUGAUUUAAGAACACCUAGAAUGUUGUCUGCUGUUGCCCAAUUACUUCCAUCAAAAUCAAAAACUGUUAAACAAUUAUUAGAACAUCCAGAAAUUAAAGAAGAUAAACAAAAGAAAAAAUAUUUAAAACGUUGGAGUACAAUCCCCUACGAAUUUUCUGAUGCCUCGGAUAUAAUGGAAGAACGUAAAAGAAGGCAACCUUUGAGUGAUCGAAAGGAAAAAAUUAAUUAA